GAUGGGCUUGCCCCGGAGAGAGACUGAGGAACUGCCACAGAGCAGAGAGAUUGAAAGAGAAGCCUCCGCAGCUAGAAGAGGAGAAAGAAUCGGUGGCCAACCACAGUCAGGUGAAGGGGGGCCAGGCUAGAGUGGGGGCUAGAGUGGGGGCAGAUGGCAUUUUGUGGGAGCGUGUGGGAGCAUUGGCACCUGGAGGACAGGGGACUUCAGAGGAAAAUGUGCCUAGACGCUGACAGCAGAAUAGGGGUGAGGGUUCUCAGAGGCUGCAGGAGGAGUGCAGGAGGCCAGGCUGACCUCCCACCCCUCCCACUUUCUGCCCUGUAACAAUGGGGCCUCCACGCUCACGUUCGACUUACUGGAAAGAGGCUGCUGGGCCAUGUGAGGUGGCAGGUUGCUGCGAGGCCUUGCCCCACCCUCGUACCAGGUGGGGUACAGGAAAAGGAGAGCCAGACCCGGGGGGGAGGUUCCAGUCUUUGCUUGGCAGGCGGAGGAAAGUGUGGCCGGAACCCCGCAAGGCCUGUACUGUGGCCCAAGGACAUUGCACGCACUCCACCCCGGAGGCGGUCCUGCCCGCAGGUCCCCAGACCAUGCUGCCCGGGCCUGUCCCGCCUCCAGCUCCGCCUGCCGGUCCAGCCGCCUAGCUAUUGGCUGCAAGACCGGGGCCGGAACCCCCAGUGGGGUAAUUAAGGAAGGAUUAAUGAGAUCCCCAAAGUCAACAGAAAAAUCGAUGGGCCGCGGAGCCCGAGCGGCUGCUGUGCAGUCCCACCGGGCGGGGGACGUCGGGGGCAUCCUUCGGGGCUCAGGGGUCUCACCUGGACGGACGAUCGGCCCUGCGCCCGCAGUCGGUGGCCACCAGCGGCGAUGCCCACGCAGGCCUCAGCCCCUUCUGAGAUUCCACCCAUGGCCUCUCCAGAAGCCCAGGAGGUUGGAGCAGCCCUGGCCAUGGAGAACCGAGUGGAUCUGGGGGCCGAGGAGACAGGGGCCCCCACCUUACCUCACCAGCAGUCCUGGCUGGUGCGACAUUUCGCACUGCUGCUGCGGAGGGACCGACAGGCCCAGAAGGCAGGGCAGCUUUUCUCGGGACUCCUGGCCCUCAAUGUAGUGUUCCUGGGCAGCGCCUUCAUCUGUAGCAUGAUUUUCAACAACGUGGCCAUCACACUGGGCGACGUGUGGAUCCUGCUGGCUGUGCUGAAGGCCCUGUCCCUCCUCUGGCUCCUCUACUACACCGCCAGCACCACCCGCCGGCCACACCCGGUGCUCCACCAGGACCCUCAUGCGGGACCCAUUUGGGUGCGGGGCUCUCUGGUGCUCUUCGGCAGCUGCACCAUCUGCCUCAACAUCUUCCGAGUGGGCUAUGACGUCAGCCACAUCCACUGCAAGUCAAAACUGGAGCUCAUCUUCCCUGUCAUUGAGAUCAUCUUCAUCGGCAUCCAGACCUGGGUGCUCUGGAAACACUCUAAGGACUGUGUUCAGGUCCAGACCAACUUCACUAGGUGUGGCCUGAUGCUGACGCUGGCCACAGACCUGCUGCUGUGGGUUCUGGCCGUCACCAAUGACUCCAUGCACCGCGAGAUCGAGGCUGAGCUCAGUGCCCUCAUGGAAAAACUCUCAGGCAAUGACACCAACACCUGCCUGUGCCUCAAUGCCACAGUGUGUGAGGUCUUCCAGAAGGGCUACCUGAUGCUCUACCCCUUCAGCACCGAGUACUGCCUCAUCUGCUGUGCCAUGCUCUUCGUCAUGUGGAAGAACGUAGGCCGUCACCUGGCGCACCGCACAGGCACCCACCACAGCACCCCGCCCUUCCACCUGCAUGGGGCCAUCUUUGGGCCACUGCUGGGUCUGCUGGUGCUGGUGGCAGGCAUGUGCAUCUUUGUGCUUUUCCAGAUCGAAGCCAGUGGCCCUGCCAUCGCGCAUGAGUACAGACCUCGACAGAACUGGAAGGAAAUGCGUUAG